AAACCUCGUAGGCCCUCGCUUUUAUCCUCCUCGUCUGUCUGCCUGGCUGACAUCCCUGAGAGGUGAUGCGACGGUUUGUUUACUGCAAGGUGGUGCUGACCACCUCCUUAGUGUGGGUCCUGGUGGAUGUUUUCUUGCUGCUGUACUUCAGCGAGUGUAACAAAUGUGAUGACAGAAAGGAUCGCUCUCUGCUCCCUGCCCUCCGAGCGGCGAUAUCUCGGAGCCACGAGGGUCCAGGCGAGAUGGGCAAGGCAGUAAACAUCCCCAAGAAUGACCAGGAAAAAAUGAAGGAGCUCUUUAAGAUUAACCAGUUCAAUCUGAUGGCCAGUGACAUGAUCGCACUCAACAGGAGUCUACCUGACGUCAGGCUGGAUGGCUGUAAGACCAAGUUGUACCCAGAUGACCUGCCCAACACCAGCAUUGUGAUUGUGUUUCACAACGAGGCAUGGAGCACCUUGCUGCGGACCGUUCACAGCAUCAUAAACCGCUCUCCGAGACACCUGCUAGUGGAGAUUGUUCUGGUGGACGAUGCCAGCGAGCGAGACUUUUUGAAGAUGCAGCUUGAGAGCUAUGUGCAAACUUUAGAGGUGCCGGUGAAGAUUCUGAGGAUGGAGCAGCGUUCAGGUCUGAUUAGAGCCAGGCUGAGGGGGGCCGCCGCCACCACAGGUCAAGUCAUCACCUUUCUCGACGCUCACUGUGAGUGUACCAUCGGCUGGCUGGAGCCCCUGCUGACUCGGAUCAAAGAAGACAGGUCAGCAGUGGUGUGUCCAAUCAUUGACGUCAUCAGUGAUGAGACGUUCGAGUACAUGGCAGGCUCGGAUAUGACUUAUGGUGGAUUCAACUGGAAGCUGAAUUUUCGAUGGUACCCUGUUCCCCAGAGGGAGAUGGAUCGACGUAAAGGAGACAGAACACUUCCUGUUCGGACUCCCACCAUGGCAGGAGGUUUAUUCUCUAUAGACAAAACUUAUUUUGAAGAAAUUGGAAGCUAUGAUCCAGGGAUGGAUAUAUGGGGUGGAGAAAAUCUGGAAAUGUCUUUCAGGAUCUGGCAAUGCGGUGGGUCUUUAGAAAUUGUGACAUGCUCACAUGUGGGGCACGUCUUCCGAAAGGCCACUCCCUACAGCUUCCCUGGAGGAACGGGCCAAGUCAUCAACAAGAACAACAGGCGCCUGGCUGAAGUCUGGAUGGAUGAGUUUAAAGACUUCUUCUACAUCAUCUCACCAGGCGUGAUGCGGGUGGACUACGGAGACGUCUCCUCCCGUAAAGCCCUCCGAGAGGCUUUGAAGUGUAAACCAUUUUCUUGGUAUCUAGAGAACAUCUACGCAGACUCCCAGAUCCCACGGAGAUACUACUCGCUUGGUGAAAUCAGAAACGUGGAGACCAAUCAGUGUGUGGACAACAUGGGAAGAAAGGAAAACGAGAAACUUGGCUUUUUCAAUUGUCAUGGCAUGGGUGGAAACCAGGUAUUCUCAUACACGGCGGAUAAAGAAAUCAGGACAGAUGACCUCUGUCUGGAUGCGUCCCGGCUCAACGGGCCUGUUCUGAUGCUCAAGUGUCACCACAUGAAGGGCAACCAGAUGUUUGAGUACGAUGCUGAGUAUGUUGGCAAGUGGGAGUAUGAUUUUGAGAAGCACACCUUCCUCCACAUCAUCACCCAGUCAUGUCUGACCAUCAGCCGUUUGGAGGAUGGCACCUACGGUCCCACGGUGGAGAACUGUAACAACACCCCCUUACAGUCGUGGAUUCUCCACAACUACACUCGUCAGGAGGUUGCUAGACGCCUCUACUACAGCCCCACGGAUUAUUUUCUCUAA